UUAUUUUGUAUUCCCAAAUUUAGCCAUGUUUUAUACCUGCAUUUCUCAUAAUUUCUCUAUAUAUAGAGUCAAUUUACAUAUCACUCUUCGCUCACACAAACAUUCAUAACACACUAAAAAAGAAGAAGAUGGAGAAUUUGGCGUUGUGUGAAGCAAACAAUGUUCCUCUAACGCCCAUAACAUUCUUGAAAAGAGCUGCGGAGUGUUAUCCUAAUCGAACUUCUAUAAUCGACGGAGAAACUCGUUUCACUUGGCCUCAGACCUAUGACCGUUGCUGCCGUCUAGCCGCUUCUCUCAUAUCUCUUAACAUUGCCAAGAACGAUGUGGUAUCUGUUGUGGCUCCAAACAUAACGGCCAUGUAUGAGAUGUACUUUGCCGUUCCCAUGGCUAGAGCUGUUCUCAACCCUAUCAACACUCGUCUGGACGCAACAUCUAUUGCCGCAAUCCUCCGCCACGCCAAGCCCAAGAUCCUAUUCAUUGACCGCAAGUUUGAGCCCUUAGCUCGAGAAACCCUCCAUCUACUAUCAUCUGACGACUCACAACUGAACCUGCUGGUCAUAUUUAUUGACGACAUCAAUUGCCCUAAGAGGGUUUCAUCCGAGGAGUUAGACUAUGAGGGUCUCAUCCAGAGGGGAGAGCCUACGCCGUCGUUGGUCGCACGUAUGUUCCGUAUUCAAGACGAACAGGAUCCGAUCUCGUUGAACUACACGUCGGGUACCACGUCGGACCCAAAAGGUGUGGUGAGUACCCACCGAGGAGCAUAUUUGAGCUCAUUAAGCGCGAUUAUUGGUUGGGAAUUGGGAACCUGCCCGGUCUAUCUUUGGACUCUCCCUAUGUUUCAUUGCAAUGGAUGGACGUUACCAUGGGCAAUGGCUGCGCGCGGGGGAACUAAUUUGUGUAUGAGGCUUGUGACUGCUCCAGAGAUCUAUAAAAAUAUAAAAAUGCAUAGUGUGACGCAUAUGUGUUGUGUUCCUACAGUUUUCAACAUUCUCCUGCAAGGAAAUACGUUUGACCUUUCACAUAGGUCUAGGCCGGUCCAUGUGCUGACGGGGGGUUCACCACCACCGGCGGCUCUUCUUAAGAAAGUUCAGCGGUUGGGGUUUCAAGUGAUGCAUGCCUAUGGGCUUACGGAAGCCACUGGUCCAGUUCUCUUUUGUGAGUGGCAAGACGAGUGGAACAGAUUACCGGAUAAUCAACAGAUGGAGCUGAAAGCAAGGCAAGGGUUAGGCAUCUUAGGCCUAGCUGAAGUUGACGUGAAGAACAAUGAAACUCAAGAGAGUGUCCCACGCGAUGGGAAAACGAUGGGAGAAAUUGUCUUGAAAGGAAGCAGCAUAAUGAAAGGGUAUCUAAAUAAUCCCAAAGGUACAGUAGAAGCGUUCAAACACGGAUGGCUCAACACUGGAGACGUAGGUGUGAUUCAUCCUGAUGGACACAUCGAGAUCAAAGAUAGGUCCAAAGACAUUAUUAUCUCGGGAGGCGAGAAUAUCAGCAGUGUUGAAGUUGAAAAUGUUCUUUACAAGCACGUUCGGGUGCUUGAGGCUGCCGUCGUGGCCAUGCCGCACCCUGCAUGGGGGGAAACCCCAUGUGCAUUCGUUGUUCAACAAAAGGGUGAGACUGAUAAAGAAGAUCGUGAUGAUAAACCUGUGACGAGAGAAAAAGAUUUGAUUGACUUUUGUCGUGAGAACUUGCCACAUUUUAUGUGUCCAAGAAAGGUGGUGUUCUUGGAAGAACUGCCCAAAAACGGGAAUGGAAAGAUCCUUAAGCUUAAGCUCCGAGACAUCGCUAAAGGUUUGGUUGAUGAUCAGGAUGAGGUCAAUGUUAAAUCUAAAAUAGUUCAACUGCGUGAAGAUAAACUUCCGGUCGAUCACUUUACUUCACGACUUUGAGUUUGUGAAUCUACAUGUUCUAAAUGUGUAAUAUCGUCUAUUAUGUAAUGAUAAAUUGUCUUUAAUUAAUUAUCCACUGAUGGACCACUACCAGAAA